AAAAAAAUCGUUUUGAUGACCGUAACGGCUUCACCGUGAGGAAGACCCGCGAGCGGGCGGUGAUUGGAUGACAGACCGGCAGCUGGAAGCACGAGCAUCCGCCCCGCCCCCUGUCAGAGUGACGAAUCUACAGGGAAAAAAAGUUGAAACAAACAACAACACAAACAAUCAUCAAGAAGAAGAAGAAAGAAAACAGCGACAGGGGUGACCAACAUGGCGGCGGUCAGAACAGCGCGAGCCCUAACACGGAGCUGUCUGUAACACCGGGGCGGCCCGUGAGCGUCUGUCUGCGGGGAAACGGCAUGAAGCAGCCCGGGCUUCGGGCAUCAUGGCCGCGGUGACCGUCAACACCCGCAGAGUCAUGACAGAUUCAGCCGGAGUGUCGGAGCGCAGCAGCCGAAGCUCGGGUCCGGGGGCCAGCGGUAGGUCGGCGGAGACCUGGAAGGGAGACAUCGUCCGCCAACUGAAGCACCGAGACCUGAGCCAGCACGUUAUGUUCCAGGACCUGAUCCGCUUCUACACUCAGCUGCUGGAGAAAACCAGUCUGGAUAAAAGAAUACUGAGCUGCUCCGUCAGACCUCCCUCCUCCGACAGCAGCCGCUCUGUCUCCUCUCUGCUUCAUCGGAACAACCAGCUGAAGACAACUACAGGAGAGUUGGCCUAUCAGGUGGUGAACCUGCAGCAGCAGAUUAAAAUCAAAGAAUGUGCUCUGGAGGAGCAACAUGCCAGACUGCAGGAGGAGGAGCGGCGGCUGGCGGGGGCGUUCGGUGCUCAGCAGGAGCUGCUGGAGCGGGUGGAGCGGGUGAAGGAGCUGAACGGGGCGUUGAAGUUGGAGUACGACACCCUGCUGGAGCGACAGAGAGGGGCGGAGACAAGACUCAGAGAGGAGAAGGUCAGAGGAGGACACCUGCUGGAGGACAUGAUUCACCUGAAACAACAGGCCGCCGCCCGCAUGAACAGCCGCAACGAGCGCAGGUCCAGGGCUCGAGAGGCGAAGCUUCAGAAGGAGCUGCAGACGGCCGCGAGGUCAGAGGUCACCGUGGACAGUCCAUCCAGCGCCCCAAACUCCAGAUGCACGUCUCCGAAGAACGAAAAACGCACCGAGUCCUCAGAGAGAGGACACACCAGGCUGUUCAGAUCGGCGUCGGUGACGUCGCCGAGGAUCCUCACCUCCAUCAAGGAGCUGUUUGACAGGAAGAGGCGUGGCCACUCAGUCUGCAGUCAGGAGGAGGAUCUGAUGUGUCCUGUAGGAAUCUGCCUGCAAGCCAGAGUCCCCGUCAGAGCUCUACAAGUACUGGAGGCCCAUGAGCAAGGCAUCAACACUGUGAGGUUCAGCUCCCGAUCAGACCUGUUGGCCACUGGAGGAACGGACAGAGUCGUCAAACUGUGGGAGGUCAGAGCAGGCUCGCUGACUCACAGAGCAACUCUGGACGGCAGCACAGAGGGGAUCACCUGCGUCGAGUUCGACUCAACGGACAGCAGGGUCCUCGCAGCCUCGUACGAUCAGUCGGCCUUGUUGUGGCAGCGGGAUCAGUCCAUUCCCAAGCUGACUCUAACAGGUCACAGGCGGAAGGUAACAGCAGCGAGGUUCAGCACUUUACCCCAUCAGGUGAUGACAGGCAGCGCAGACAGAACCAUCAGACUGUGGGACCUACAAAGAGCCGCCUGUGUGCAGGUAGUUGAAGUGGCGUCGUCCUGCAGUGACCUGGUCUGUUCUGAGAACUGUUUCAUCAGUGGACACUACGACAGUAAGAUCAGAGUCUGGGACACCAGGACGGUCGGCUGCCUUCAGGAGAUUCCUGCUCAGGGUAAAGUCACCUCACUGGACAUCAGCUCCGACCGUCGCCAGUUGCUCAGCUGUUGCCGUGACGACUGCCUCCAGCUGGUCGACCUAAGGAGGUGGAGCAACGAUCGCAUGUGCUUCAGGGCCGAGGGCUUUAAAUGUGGCAGCGACAGCACCAAAGCUGUGAUCAGUCCAGACGCUUGCUUCCUCGCCGCAGGAUCAGCUGACGGCGUCAUUUACAUCUGGAACGUCUCGACUGGAAACCUGGAGACCCUCCUUCCUGCCACACACAGUUCGUCCGUCACUGCCGUGUCCUGGUCUUCGUCCGGUGAAUACGUCGUCAGUGUGGACAAGAGCAGGCUGGCCGUCCUCUGGAGCGACAUCUGAAAUCAGCCGGUCCACGAAGAGGUCAUGUUGUCAUGGCAACGGCACACACAACAUGACUCACCUGAAAACCUGACAAAAAUUUAUAAGCUAUUUGUUUUUGGGAAAAAAGGGAUUUAAAACUUGAAAAAAGUGCCUUUUUUCAUUUGUUUUAUAGCGAAAAUGAGAGAAAAGGAUGGGAGGACACACUGAAUUUUUAUUGACAGUUAACUGUGUCAACAGUAAGAAGGGAAACCCGCAAUCACAGCUUUCCAUUAAAACUUUAAAACUUUCCUGAGAUGUUUAAAACAUUUUGUAGAGAAGCUCUCAACUUUGUUUUCAGACACAUUUCUUUUUGCUCUUGACCUUCAUCGGGGUCAUCGUUCAACAUCAAACAAGUUUAUGUUUAAAAAAACAAAAGGCUGAGGUAUAGAAAACACAUCAGGUUGCACUGCGGGCCCAGCAGUGGACAUGAAGUGUGUUGGGCCUGCGUGAUAUGCUGUUCAAAGUUAUGCCGACGAUACUGAAGCGUUCGUAUCUGCUCUUCUUCCUCCACCAUCGCGUUAGCAAACCUCACAGUCGCUAACAAACUGACACCUGUUAAUCUGACGGUCAGCUGGGGCUUCAUCUGAUUGGCCGGAGGGUGUGACCACAUGGUCGUCUAAAGCGCUGUGCCCAUAACUAAAACGUUCCUUUUUCUUUAUGUCUCAGGCGGGUUUUGUGUGGUGCUGAAUACAAAUAGAACAAUAAACAUGAUAAAGUGCAUCUUUUGGCAGGGGUGGAGAGGGUGUUUGGAAAUAUUUUGAGAACUUAUAAAAUACGUUUCCCAUUGGCUCACAUGUGUACACACAUGCAUUUCUUUUCCAAGUUGUCCCCUGACGAGCGUCACCAGCUGGACAUGUCGGUCUCACAGUAAAGUCGUCCUUUAAGCUCUAAAUGUCGCUGCACUUCUGGAGGAAGUUGUGCCGGAAAUCCCGACUCUGUUGUUAGCUGCAAAGCAGCUUCACCCCUCGAGAACGACGGUCAGCUGCGUUCAGCGCCGACCGGAUGAGGAGGAAGGUCAGGCUCACUCUGGUCUUCCUCCUGUCAUGAUGAGACUUCACAGCUCUGCAGCUCUCACCAUGUGAAAAUCAUCAUGUGAAAGCAGUGAUGUCUGCAGUAAUCCGGUGUUUGGCCUCUCGGCUUUGAAGACUGAAGUCAGCAGCUUCAAAGUGACGAGACGACGGCUGGAGUCCCAGCGAAUCCACCUCAAACACGCUGAUUUACAUCCGUUUUUAUCGUCUGUGUCAUCGCUUAGUGAAAGUGCUGAACCAAACGUCAGCCUCUCAGGUCCGGUUCUCAACAGCUCUCAUCCACACGAAGCUGAGCCGUUACUGGAGCUGACAGUUCAUCUGCAGGCCGACACACUUUCCACCAGACGGAUUUAAUACGCUGUGAAAUGAUCGGACCAGAAACAAACCGCUAACUUAUCAAAGUGUUGAAUGAAGCGCAGCAGCAUGAACAGGUUGUCUGACCCGCGCUGGGAAAAGUCAAGUUAAACAAAAGCAAAGUUCUGUCAUCACGUGAGUUAACUCGAAUUAGUCAACCAGCCGAUCUGACCUGCAGCUCGAGACGUUUGUCACGUCAGCAAAUGAACGCUACAAGGUGAGAGGUUUCGACCGACAGGAGGCAGAACAGGAGACCAGCGGGUGUGAAGAACCUUGUGUUCGCCUUCAAGCUGACAAAUAAUAUAAAUGAAUAAUGUUUGGUUGUUUUUUUGGAUGCUCUGGUUCAGAAAACGUUCACUGAGGUGGAACAUGUGGUCUGCUGGUGGUUUUACUGAUGUGAGGGCUCCUGCUGCCAGGUCACACCAACCUUCUGUUUGCUCGUCUGCUUUUCUUUUUGAUGCUGUCGUCUUGUCUGUCUUAUUUAUGUGGUGAAAUUGUUUUUCUUUUUUUUUGCUUUUGCUUACUUACCGUCACUUUUUGUCACCUUCAGGGGAUUUUAAAGGGAGCUUUGAAAGAAUAAACUGGGCUCAGGGCUGUUGAUGAGAAAACGAAAUCUUUAGGCAGCUUAUUCAGUCAGUGACUUUGUUUUCCGCCUGCUGCCGUCAGUCAGCCUGUCAGCCCAAACUGAGGCUUUAAUGACUAAUACGACUCCCUUCAUCCACAUGUUAACAUGAUGCAAACUUCCUGCGAGGUGAUUGGACAUAUUUUGGGUUUUGUUAAUGCCUUUGUCAACAAGUAAAACUCGAUUCAAAAAUAGAAUGACGAAUUAAUAAACAGUUUUACUCACAAAAAA